GCAACCCGUUCUCCACCACUAUGUCCAAUCCUGCCAAUGUCAUUCGAUUCCUGCACACCAUUGAAAAUUUAAAGAGAACCAAACGCACAGGAUGGCUCGAUAACGGGAUUCAGAAUGCUGAAUCGAUCGCGGACCACAUGCAUCGCAUGGGUAUCAUGGCCAUGCUAAUCGACGAUCCUUCGCUCAAUCGUGAAAAAUGCAUCAAGAUGGCUAUCGUGCACGAUCUAGCAGAAGCUGUUGUGGGUGAUAUCACACCUCAUGCGGGAGUAUCAAAGGAGGACAAGUUUAACUUGGAAAAGAAUGCCAUGGUAUCUUUCCAAUCCAUGUUGGGCGAUACUGCCAUGGCACGUGAAAUCGCGGAUCUAUGGCAGGAAUACGAAGAUGCCCAAACUGCGGAAGCUUUACUGGUCAAAGAUUUGGAUAAAUUCGAAAUGAUCGUUCAAGCUUUGGAAUACGAGAAAUCCGAUCAUAAAAAAUUGCAAGGCUUUUUCGAUUCCACCAAAGGCAAAUUCAGACACCCUGCGGUGAAGGCUUGGGCUGAAGCUCUUUACGCUGAAAGAGAACAGCUGUAAAACGGCAUGUCUAUAUUUUUUCUAAUACAUCAGUUUUUCAUCUUCGCAUUUACAAAAUGGGAAACACUCGAAAUUUGAAACCAGUACGGGAGCGUGUGGUCUUUAACUUGUAAGCGGACAGGUCUGAAUGUUUUUGGAUUUUGUAUAGAUAGUCCGUGUUACUGCAGGCUCAACCGGAUAUGAAAUUAUGCUAAGGGUUGAUAGGCGUAUUUUGCCACUUGGAUGUUGCGUAGAAUAUAAAGAACAGGGUGAAAAUCUUUGGGUUGCUAAAUAUGUUCUUCGGA